GAGGAUUCGUAAUUAUCGCGCGUACUGUUGGACUCCUCCAUGACAUCCCAACCACUCGUUAACCAACAAGUUUACUAAACCGGUAUAAUACGAAAUAGGUCGAAUUGAUAAUACAUUCCUUUAAUUUCGUUUGAAAAAAUACCAUUAAGGUAAUUAUUUUCCUUAUAGGGUUCUUCAAUCUUAAAGAUGGACGUCGAUCUUCAACUUGAAGAAUUAUUCAUGAAGAAACAAGUGCCUGGUGAGAACAGGGAGGAAACUUGGGAGCCAGAGAAAAAUACGAAGAUGAGCUCUGAUGGAUCAAGAUCUUCGUUUGACGAGUUUACCUUUUCAACACCUGAAUAUGAUAAUGAAAACGGAGACGCGGCCAUGCGAGAGUUUUUCAAGUUUGACGAGUUACCAAAAGAAGCUUCAACGCAAUUUUUAAAGGUUCCACCUUCACUUUCACUUGAGUCGUCUCCAAACCUGUCUAAUUCUCAGGAUGAAAGUGAAGAAUCUCAAGAUCGUUCGACAGAUUACAUGCCACCUCAAAUUGACAAUGCGUAUCCUUUUUUUAUGAGCGAUUCACAAAUUUCCAAUCCUCCUAUCUUUUCUCCACCUACAAACUUCCACAUUGGUAACGAUCAUCUUAAUGGUACAGCUGAUGAUAUAUAUGCAAACGGAGAUGCUGUUAAGCAAUUCCUUAAUUUACCAGCUACUGAUUUUUCUACUUCGGCAAUAAACCCUUCCUAUUUAAAUAAUCAAAAUUUUCCAAAUACUGAUUUGCCAGCCAAAGUACCUUCUUUGUAUCCUCAAAGUGAAUCUUUUCCCGAACUAUCUGCUUCGUUCCCCGAACUUCAGGAAUAUGUUUUGUCUGUUAACCACAUUCCCGCCAUUAACGAGCAGAAAUGGAGGUCUAGAGUGGAGACUAAUAUGCUAUUUCAGGUUCAGAUUCGAAAGGCUGAUGGCGGAGCCGUUCCUUUUAAAUAUAUCCGUUUACCUAAUUGGGCUCAUCGCGAAGAGAAGAAAAAGUCUAUGAAAAAAAUAGUGAACUGUCAGGAUCCUCAGGACUAUUUACAAUUAGUUCCGACAGUGAUAGCUGGUGAUAAUGCUAGUAAUGUUGUUCGCACAUGUUGUAUUCGCUGUUUGCUUCGUGAAAGAAAGCGUAACGCUCGUUCCCAAGCAACGAAAGACGCCUGUAUGCCAAAUUACACGAAACUUAAAGCGUGCGAGCGUUCCAUGUCGGAUGCUACACCAGAGCAAAAGCAUAAUUUCCAAAUAAAACUUCUUAACCAAUUCCCAAAAUUAGAAGACAUUGACGAAGAAAAAAUGAUUAUGGUAUUUACUGGUCCUGAAUUCGUGCCGCUUGAGUCAACUCAACUUGGAAAAGUUGCACAUAUCAAUGCUAGAAUUACAUGCUACUCGUCACAUCAGUCUUGCCCCUAUUUCCGUUUGACAUGGGAUCUGUAUUCUUCAUCAAGCUUGGUAGCUAGUCUUUCUUUUCCAGAGCCCAUAACUGUACUUGAUGAUCAUAAAAGCCGAAAUACACCUAAAGCCGUCAGACAAGGGAAAAAAUUGAAUCCUUCCGAUAAUCAAUCUAAUCAAAAAAUAUAUUCACCGUCUAUGGUUGAUACUGUUAAAGGACCUAUUGAAAAGCGAAGAAGGACAUUAUCUGAAAUUAAUUCUCAUUGUCAACCUCAGCAAUUGACUACACAGCCUGUGAUUCCUGAAGCUUCUAAUGUCUCCGGGAAGAAUGAUGUGAGUGUAAUUUCGAAUAAAUCCACAUUUCAUAUGCCCAGUGAUUAUUCGACAGUUCCUGUUACUAAUGAUGAUCAUGUUUUGCGUGGUCCACUUAACACGGUCGAUAAAGAAUCCAUGGAAAUGGAAGCAAGAUCCAUUCCGCCUGAGUUUUCUUCGUACAAUCAAUUUCCAAAUGCCUUUUCAGAAAGCGUUGAUCCUAGUUUAGGUCCUUUUACGCCAAAUACUGAACGCUACCAAUCCAUUCCCAAGACAACUCAUUUUAACAAACAGAGCAUGAGUAGUGCCACUUCUACCACGCCAACGUCUCUCCAGCCAAGGGAGCCUCUUAUUUCUCGUAUCAUACCUAACAAAGGAUCGAUUAUGGGUGGUUAUGAAGUAACUAUUUUAGGAGCUAACUUCUUUAAUGGCCUCGUCUGUUUGUUUGGAGAAACUCCAGCUGCUGUGACCUUUUCUUGGAGUGAUUCAACGAUAAUUGCAACAUGUCCUCCUGCAGCAGUAGCUGAAACGGUUCCUGUGAAAUUUUUAAAUUAUUCAAUGGAAUCAAGUGGCACCAACGCCACUUUUACCUACGAGGAUAAUCUUGAUAAUGAACUUUUCAAAUUGACAGUACAAGUCCUUGGUCUGAAACUUACUGGAACAGUUCAAAACCCUUUGACGUUGUCUAAAAAGCUACUAAGCUCAUGGAGGGAUGAUUUUGCUCAGUAUAUUACGAAUUCUAUAAAACCAACUUCUAAUCAAGACCGCAAAGCUCAUCAUGAAUGUAUGAAUGAAAAAAUCGAGUCUUUAAGGAGUAUGGUCACUCAGGUCGCGAAGGAGCAUAAUGUUCCGUUCCCAAACAGUCUUGAAAGUACGAUAUUGGCCGCUUUAUCUAUAGUAGAUGAGACAAAAACAACGUUUCCUACAGAUUUUGAUGUCGUAAAUGAAUUCGGUCGUACACUCCUGCACUAUUCCGUUGCAGCUGGCCUUGGUUCUGCUACAACCUUCCUAAUCAAUAAUGGAGCUGACAUUAAUAAAAGGGAUUCUUUGGGCUACACACCUCUUCACUAUGCUGCUCUCUACGAAUAUCCUGAAAUCUAUUUACGUUUACUUUCAAAAGGUGCAUCACCUGACUUAACUGGUGCUAACGAUAAAUGUGCAGAUGACUUAGCCACCGUGAAGUUCAGAAGUUUGGUGGCCGAAAAGAAAGAAACUGAUUUUGCUUUACUCGAUGAAAAAUCUAGAGUUGAAUCUGAUUUAACUUUAAAACAAUCAAGUACCAUAGAAGACAUCAAAGAAAAAAUAUGGUCACGGUCAUCAACCCUAUUUCCUUCUUUACAGGAGUUACCCCAAAAUUACAUGAGUGAAGUACCGCUACUUAUGCAAAAAGCUAUGGUUUCCACUUUGAGAAGCAUAUCCGCUAUUCCUGAUGAUGUCCCUCCUCCCUAUUCUGAAGUUGCCCACGAAGGUUAUGUACCUCAGACUGUUUCUGGUAAUCCUUCCGAAGAUAGUGAUCAUAACAAAAGUGCAUGGUGGUCAUUGAAAUGGCAAUCACGCCUGGUUGGUCGAGGGAAAACAAGUGCCUUGACACCGGAAGAAACAAAAGCCAUCCAAGAGCAAGCAAAAACGUUAAAGAAAGCAGGAAUGGAUUUAAUGCUUUUCUCUUUUUGGCUUCCUGCUCUCUUGGUUUUGACGAUUUUUGGACUUCGAAGUUAUGCACAGGUAAUUGGAGGAUAUUUAUAUCAAUUUAUAAUCGGUGCUUGAAAUAAUGUGGUAACCAAUCUUAUUUAUUUAUUUUCUCUUAGUUAUUUCUUUUUCAUUUUUUAUAUUUCAUAAGUUUCAUCUUUUAGUAUUCUCGAAGACGUGUUUAUAUUAUUGUGUACCUCUCGUUCACAAUAGAAAAGAGAACCUCAGGGCUUUUUUACGUUAAUUUUACACCGAAGUAUA